AUGUUUGAGAUGGAUGGGACGGUUAUUUUCAGAAGGGUUGAUCGUCGUCAUGGGUCAUGGGUGUUUGGGGUAUGGGUGAAUGCUGGGGGAGGUGCUGUCUGGCACCAUGGCUGCAUGGUUGACAUGUUGGCGUUUGGAGAGGAAAUGUACAAAGAGGUGAAGGAUGGCAAGAUGCGAUUUUGCGAUUUCUUGUGGGAACCGUGGUUUGAGGGAUGGGUGCUCCGUCUUUGCGAGCCAAUCGUAAACGGCAGCCACGGAGGAUCCGCAGGGGUAUGGGCGGGAGGAGCGAUGGAAGAUGAGAAAGGGGAGGGGAGAGUUGACAAGAGAAGGUGCGACCCUACGCCCGCGGACGCCACUUGGCAUUGGAAGCGUAUGUUUCAGAUUGUUCCAUGA